AUGGAUGAGUUCCUCCAAAGUGCUCAAGACAAGGUUCAGAACAAGAAAUGGUGGACAGCUCGCUGGCUCGAUGAUCUGUCAAAGAAGACUGAUGUUGAUGUGGAUACGCUCUCAAAAGCCAUAGCCGGAGCGGUGUUCGUCGCUUGUGCAUGCACUAAACAAGCAAGACUUCUCUGCAACAGUAUUCUCAUAGCAGUUCCAUUGAUCUCCACAUUUGGAUAUCCAAAAGAGGCCGCGUCAAAGGACGAUAUGGUGAUUUACUGGGGUGUUUUCGGAGUACUUACCAUAUGCGACACUGGAUUCGAAAAAUUCCCUCUUUACUAUGAUUUGAAACUUCUACUAGCUUUGAUGAUGUUUUUGGACCCUCCUAGACUUGUGGAUAAAAUCAAAGAUAUAUUAAAUGGGAAGAACACCGAUUUGGUGAAGGAGGAGAAAACAGAAAAGGAUAAAGCUCCCCCUCCAAAGAAACCCGAGGAAAGCACACAGAAACCUCCAGAGGAAGCGAAACCUAAGGAAGAAGUGAAACCUUCAGAGGAAGCGAAACCUAAGGAAGAAGUGAAACCUUUAGAGGAAGCGAAACCUAAGGAAGAAGUGAAGCCUCCAGAGGAAGAGAAACCUAAGGAAGAAGUUAAACCUCCAGAAGAAGCGAAACCUAAGGAAGAAGUGAAACCUCCAGAGGAGGCGAAACCUAAGGAAGAAGUAAAACCUCCAGAGGAGGCGAAACCUAAGGAAGAAGUAAAACCUCCAGAGGAGGCGAAACCUAAGGAAGAAGUAAAACCUCCAGAGGAAGAGAAACCUAAGGAAGAAGUAAAACCUCCAGAGGAGGCGAAACCUAAGGAAGAAGUAAAACCCCCAGAGGAAGAGAAACCUAAAGAAGAAGUAAAACCUCCAGAGGAAGCAAAACCUAAGGAGGAUAGCACUCGUACAGCAAUCCCUCCCCAACCCGGUGAAGGAGAGAAGAAGGAAGAUAGCACUCGCACAGCAAUCCCACCCCAACCCGGUGAAGGAGAAAAGAAGGAAGAUAGCACUCGCACAGCAAUCCCUCCACAACCCGGUGAAGGAGAAAAGAAGGAAGAUAGCACUCGCACAGCAAUCCCACCCCAACCCGGUGAAGGAGAAAAGAAGGAAGAUAGCACUCGCACAGCAAUCCCUCCACAACCCGGUGAAGGAGAAAAGAAGGAAGAUAGCACUCGCACAGCAAUCCCUCCACAACCCGGUGAAGGAGAGAAGAAGGAAGAUAGCACUCGCACAGCAAUCCCACCCCAACCCGGUGAAGGAGAAAAGAAGGAAGAUAGCACUCGCACAGCAAUCCCUCCUCAACCCGGUGAAGGAGAGAAGAAGGAAGAUAGCACUCGCACAGCAAUCCCUCCCCAACCCGGCGAAGGAGAGAAGAAGGAAGAUAGCACUCGCACAGCUAUCCCUCCCCAACCUGGCGAAGGAGAGAAGAAGGAAGAUAGCACUCGCACAGCUAUCCCUCCCCAACCUGGCGAAGGACAAGAAAAACCACAACAUGUAUGCACGUGCAAGCCUGGUGAACCUUGCCACUGCAGCCCUGAAUCUGAAAAACCUAAGUGUAAUUGUCAACCAGGAAAAACCUGCGACUGCAAAGAAGGGAAAGAAGGAUGUAAAUGUCACUUUUGCCAAUGCGAGCAGGGUUUGGUAUGUAAAUGUAAAAACGGUAAACCUCCCUGUUCGUGUGAUCCCGGGAAGAUGUGCCAGUGCCAGCCUGGAAAAGAAGGGUGUAAAUGUCCACUCGAAAAGACCUGUCAAUGUAAACCGUUAUGCCUGUGUGAGCCUGGAACAACAUGCCAGUGUACUGAAGGGAAGGAAGGGUGCAAGUGUCAGAUCUGUACAUGUGAACCAGGCUCAGUAUGCAAAUGCAAAGGUGGGAAACCACCGUGCAAAUGUAGCCCAGGCACAAUUUGCAAAUGUGAAGCCGGAAAAGAGGGAUGUCAGUGCAAACUUGAUCUUACUUGUCAGUGCAAACCAUUGUGCGUCUGUGAACCAGGCACAGUUUGCCAGUGCAAAGCAGAUAAAGGAUGUCAAUGCCUUGUGUGUAUAUGCAAACUCGAUGAACCUUGCACAUGCCACCCAGAAGAAAUAAAAGUAGAGGAGGGUAGCACCGGCACGGCCGUUUCUCCCCAACAAGGAGAGAAGAAGGAAGAAAGCACUCGUACCGCCAUUCCCCUGCAACCAUGA